UGGAAGGGAAUUUAAAACACAGGACCCAGAUAUAAUUUAGAAUCAACACCCACUUUCCAGGUCAUACAAACUGAACAACUUGUUCAAAUUCUUUUCCUGUGAAUGUAAAAUGUAUUUUUUCAAGAAAUUACUCUGCCUUUCCAUGUGGUGAGUACAGAAAUGUGUACAUACCUUACAUGGUUUUAUAUCCUUCAACAUAUACUAUGAUUGAAAUCCGUAUUGAAUUCUGGACAUACCACCCACUGGGUGAAUUUAAAUUACGUAUAUUUUUUAUGUUUAGCUGUAUUGACAGGCAUGCAUGAACAUCGUCAUUUUACUACAAUAUUACUCAUAUGCAUUAUUCAGAGUACAACUAUUUCCCUCGAUUUUUGAGUUAUCUGCCAAAAUUUUAUAAUUUAAUUUUAAUUUUACAGCAGAAGAAGGGUAAAAUCAAAAUGGAAAAUGAUGUUGAUGUUCAAAGUGAAAAAGAUUCCAUUAGCGUGGUAUCUGAUGAGGUUCAUAUACAGUCAGGAACUUCAAUACAAAAAGAUGAAACUGAGAUCAUGAAUAUAAAAAUUGAGGAUUUUGCAGAUACACAAGAAGAGGAGGAUCGUAUAGCAAAACUUCCAUUAAUUAAGUCUGAACAUAAGGACUCCAUCAAUUUACAGGAAGUUGUACCUGAUUCUUACAGUGAAACGAGUUUUGAGGCUUCUUAUGAUAACAAUCAAGUCAUCGAUAUCAAAGUUGAGGAUGACGGAGGUGUGAAAGUGGAGGAGGAUCCUGUCAUGAUAACAUUUCCAGUAAUAAAGGCAGAGCAUGAGGUGAGUUGUGUGAGCAUCGUUAGGUACGUUGCAUCUCCAUUUGUCUGUCCUUAUAAGCAAUUCCGCUCUGCUGAAUAGUUCUUGAAGGGUCCGUUGCAAACUAGUUGAAAUGAAUUGUAUUUGUUGCCUACUGUUUGUGGAAUUUCGCUUCUGUUUUGUGUUGGCUUUAUUUUAAGACGUGAUAUUAAAUAUUGAGAAAUACAAGAAAUGUUUUAGACAGAUGUAGCCACACAAGCCUUUGAUAGUUUGUCCACACUUUCCAGUACUCCUUGUUUUGAUGGCAUUAAU